AAAACAAAAGAAACAUACAAAAAGAAUACGUUUUGAUUCCAUUUUUCGUCUAAAGCAUAACUUUUGUUCCCUCAUAAACAAAACCAAAAAUAAAAACACAAUUUUCAUUUAUUUUGAUCGAAACAGUAAUGAAUCUAUUUGGCACGAAAUCGAAGAUUUGAUGAAGAAAAAGCAUUUGUGUCAAAAAUGGCGAUUCAUGAAGAGAUCCAGUUUUUAAGAACACAAGACCCUCCUUGCACUUCUGGCGCAUCGCCGUCUCAAGAUCACCGGUUCGAGAAGCUUCGCGGUGUCCGAUGGCGAAUUAACCUCGGAAUUCUCCCGUCUUCUCCUUCCUCCACCAUUGAUGAGCUUCGCAGAGUAACCGCUGAUUCCAGAAGAAGUUAUGCUGCUUUGAGAAGACGACUCUUAAUUGAUCCACAUUUACCCAAGAAAGGAACCAAUUCUUCAGAUCUAACUAUUGAUAAUCCCUUAUCACAAAAUCCUGAUAGUACUUGGGGAAGAUUCUUUCGUAAUGCAGAGCUCGAGAAAACGCUUGAUCAAGAUCUCUCUCGGUUGUAUCCAGAGCAUGGAAGUUACUUUCAGUCCUCUGGAUGUCAAGGGAUGCUUAGAAGGGUUCUUCUCUUGUGGUGUUUGAAACAUCCGGAGAUUGGUUAUAGACAAGGGAUGCAUGAAUUAUUGGCUCCUUUGCUUUAUGUUCUUCAAGUGGAUGUGCAAUAUCUUACCGAAGUGAGAUCAAACUAUGAAGAUCAGUUCAUUGAUUUGUUUGACGAAUUGGCCUUUCAAGAACGCGAUUCUGGAGCAUAUGACUUCGAUAUAAAAAAGGUUUUGGAUGGUUCCAUGGAAGACGAAGAAGAUGGGCCAUCAUUUGGAAGCACCAAUAAGAAGAAAAAACCCAAGAGUUUUGAUGAGCUUGACACCGAGACGCAGACCGCUGUGCUGUUGAGUGAUGCAUAUGGAGCGGAAGGCGAAUUGGGAAUCGUUCUAUCUGAGAAGUUCAUGGAACAUGAUGCUUACACAAUGUUCGACGCUCUGAUGUAUGGUGGAUCAUCCCUUGGUUCAGUUUCUGUUGCGAAUUUCUUUGUUUAUUCCGCUCCAAACGACUCUGUCACUGGACUGCCUCCUGUGAUCGAAGCUUCUGGGGCGUUGUAUCAUUUACUGUCUCUGGUCGAUGCUUCUCUUCACAGCCACCUCGUUGAGCUUGGCGUUGAACCACAGUACUUUGCUCUCCGAUGGUUACGGGUUUUGUUUGGGAGAGAGUUUCCGCUGUAUAAUCUAUUGAUUGUGUGGGAUGAGAUAUUUUCUGCUGACAAUUCUGAGGUGGAGAGAAGCGUUGAGGCUGAUUUAGGGUUUGAAUUCAGGAUCCUUAGCUCUCCCAGAGGAGCUCUGGUUGCUGGAAUGGCCGUUUCGAUGAUACUUUAUCUUAGAUCAUCGCUGCUGGCAACCGAAAACGCAACAUCUUCACUCAAGAGGUUACUGAAUUUUCCAGAGGACAUUGAUCUGGGCAAAGUUAUCGAAAAGGCCAAGACAUUGCAGAGUCUUGCUUUGGAAAUCAAUGCUCGUCGUGAUUUAGUUCUGAAAGGGUCGAGAAAACCGAUGAGAGGUCACAGCUUAUCGGUUGAUUCGAUCUCACUUAGCUCUUCUCCUGUUGGAAUAGUACCCGAGAGCUACUGGGAAGAGAAGUGGAGAGUUUUGAACAGCGCAGAAGAAGAAGAACGGAAAAAAAAAGCGUUGCAGAGACCAAAAGCAGGGAAGAAGAGUUGGUCAGAAAGAGUAAAGCUAAGGCUUUCAAGGACAGAAUCUGAUCCUUCACCUGCUGAAGCAAAUAAAAGUGCAAACAAGCCGCCUAUUAGACGAAGUUUACUCGAUGAUUUAUCCCGACAACUCGGUGAAAAAGAGAUUGACUCUCCUGAAUUACCAAACCUGGAAACUGAUAUCGAACGCUCAUCUACAGUAUCUGAUUCACCCAGCUUGGAUUAUGAGGAUAACAAUUAUGAUAAAGGAAAAAGUGAGAACCAGAUGGAUUUGCCUCUUUCCGUUCCUGAGAACGAGUCAGAGACGACAUCAGGGAUGAAUAUUUUUAGAGAGAGAAAUAUAUUUUCAGGUAAAUUCCAGAGGCUAUGGAGAUUAGGUAGAAACUUGUCUGGUGAGGAGACCUCGGAGACCAAAGAUGCUAAACCGAUAGAUUCUGAACAUGGAAAGACAGAUUCAGAUUCAACUGCAGGUAACGGAGAUGCAUUAAAGAACACAGGACGGUCCAUGCUUGAACAUAUUAAGGUAAUAGAGUCAGUGUUGGAGCUAAACUCACCGGAGAAUAUGACUGAGAACGGAAGACUAACAGUUGAAGAAGCUCUUAGAGAACUUCGUAGACUUGGAAACAUGUUGUUGUCGGAAAUGUAAAGUUCAUUUUUUCAGAAUCAGCUUACAUCAGUGUAUUGUGAAGAUUCAUUUGUAUCUACGUGUGUAUGUGAGUGUGAGAUAGAGUGUGUAACUGUUAUGUAUAUAUCAGAAAUUUUGAUGAGGGUUUUGUUUUACU